AUAUAAAUAAAUAGUAUUUUCUAACUAAAAAAUAGAGAAAACGCAUGUAAAACAGUUUUCGAACGAACAGCGGAGUGGCAGUAACAGCAAAGAAAAAAAGAAUGCAACAACAUGGGUAAUGUCCAAACACGCCAAUUUGACGCUAAGGGCAUGUCCCACCGGCGCGGAAGUAUUUUAUGGAACUUCCGGUACGCAACGGCAAAGCGACGCGAUCAAACUACAAUGAUGGUGUUCAAUAUGAAAAUGAGUAUAUCGGAUUGGCUUGAUUUGCUCGACCUGCAGCAAUAUGAAGGCAAUUUUCAAAUGUAUAAUACUGUGGAAGAUAUUCUGGAAAUGACCGAUACCGAUUUAAAGGAGAAAGGCAUACGACAUCCGGGUGAUCGCGCAAAAAUGCUAUCUAGUCUAGUGGGUGUGCAGGCCAAACGGCGCCAGUCUAUAAAUAUCGAAGUGUCCACUUUGCCGCGUACGAGGGCGCAGCGGAAAUAUUCUUGCCCUCCGAUCUGCUUAGUACCUGAAGCUGGAAAAUUAUUUAGCAUGCAUCGCAAUAUCGUCAAUCGUAAUUCGUUUUCAAAUUUUAAAUCAAGCAAAGAUUCGAAGAGGCCCACUUGUAAUGAUUCUAACAAAAUAUAUGAGGAACUAAAUCUCCCAGAAACUAAUUCAGCACCACCAAACGCAGCAAAUUCGCCGAACAACGGCCGUUUUACUCUCAACAGCUGUGCAUCGGACAACAACAACGCAAGCAAUACAAUGGAUAGUGGUGGUGGCAGCAGCAGGAAUCUUGGAAGCAGUAUUGGUGGCUCUACCGCAUCCAUUGCCGGUCAACUGCAUUUCCAACCGCAUCAACCCCCACCCAAUAGCAUGACAGUCAGCACGCCAUCUAGUGAACAGCAAGAGGCGAUUGCUUUGAAGAAAGCUCUGGAGUGGGAACUUAGCUUGGAUGCAAAGGAUUUACGUUCACAUGCAUGGUAUCAUGGGCCGUUGUCACGACAACGCGCCGAGGAGAUUGUGCAGAGGGAAGGUGAAUUUUUGAUAAGAGAUUGCGGCUCACAGCCGGAUAAUUACGUGCUCACCUGUCGCACCAAAGCACAAGUGCUGCAUUUUGUUAUAAAUAAGAUACUCCUGCAGCCCGAGACCGUCUAUGAACGUGUACAGUAUCAGUUUGAGGAGGACGCUUUCGAUGCAGUACCAGAUCUUAUAACCUUCUAUGUUGGCUCGGGCAAACCAAUUUCGGUGGCUUCGGGUGCUCGCAUUCAGUACCCUUGCAAUCGCACAUAUCCCCUAUCUUUCUAUGGCCAUAAGAUUGUUGGUAAUCAUUUGCACACCCAGAUGCUGGCCGGCAUACGUGGCGCUAGUCCACUAAAUUCGCCCCUAAGUCAUAAUGGAAAUUUUCGUUUUGGUUCCGGUAUUAUAACACAAAACACGCAACAACAACAACCAGUGCACAGCCCCAUGUCGUCGCCACCGCGAGUUAAACGCGACAUACCUCCUCGUUUGCCAUCAAAGAAGCAACGUUCGCAAUCACUAACACCAGCGCACGCUACGCCUACUAGCAGCUUGCGUCAAUCGCACAAUAAUGAGUCAAGUUCCAGCGCCGAUGGUGUUAUACAAGGGACGCCUACUCCCCCCGGAGAAAGCGGGAAUGCGAAUGGAUUUCGGGAUACUGGGCGCAGAUUUAGUAACUUUGAUCAAGAAAUACGGGCUAGCGAGGCAUCGUUGUUUGGCGCUGAAAACAUGCAACUGCAUAGCCACUUAGAAUAUUUAACACAAGUUGGCAAACUGCACGGCAAUGGAUUUCAAACAAUCGCGCGCUGUUCAGCUGUCACAGAGGCAUUAGAUCACUUCAAGUUUACCACACAUUCAUUGCCACGACCAAAUACGAAUAAUUUUCGAGGCAGUAGUGCUAUGCGCAUUUCAAGUUUAGCGCGUGAUUUUGGCUCAGAUGCCGUGGGAUUAAAUACUAGUUUGGAGGGUAAGCAAAUACCAGAGCUGCCUGAGAAACCACCUAGUCCGCCACCGAAGCCAGUGCGCGCAAAUAGUCAGACACGUAAAGAGAAGGAACAGUUGGCAGCGCAUCGUGCAGGGAUUGGGGCUGUUGGUUACCACGCUAGCGGUUCCGAUUCGGGCAAUGGUUCAGGCGAUUCGGUGCAGAGUUCAAUACCUGGAGACUCAAGUAAUGACUUUACACAGCAUCGUGGUGUGAUAAUCAAAAAUCCACGCUUCUUAAGUAAUUCAGCAUCAUCAGCCACAUUGAAGAGUCUUACUGAAUUUGAUGCAAUUGCAGUUGAGGAGAAACUUUUCACACUGGAAAUACCCGAAUUUAAGCCGAUUUCAAAGUUUGAUUUCGAGAACUACAUAACACUGCUACUGCCGUCGGUGGACAACAAACCAUUGGAUGGUGAUGCGCUUACUACCUUCAAAAUGAUGUUGCUUGAAUCAGGACCAAAAGUGAUUGCGGAGCAUAUCACACGUAUCGAUAUCGGUCUGCUAAUUGAAGAGCUGCCUGAGGAUGAGGAGCGUAAUGUGUUGGAUUGUUGCGGCUUAGAAAUGCUUACACUGCCAAUUGGUAAGGUCUUCCGCGCUGAUUUAGUCGAGCGUACUCAGUGCAUGAAACUGAUGGUUGCAGUAACAAUACUCACUUGUCAAACGGACUUGGAUCGUGCUGAGUUGCUAAGCAAAUGGAUACAAAUUGCGGUAGAAACGAAAACUGCUUUGGGCAACCUUUUUGGUUUCUGUGCCAUCAUGUUGGGGUUGUGUAUGCCUCAGAUUCAAAAACUGGAACAAGCUUGGCACAUACUACGCCAGAAGUACACGGACAGCGCAUUUACUUUUGAAGCCAAACUGCGUCCUACGCUAAUCAGCAUGAAUGAGUGUUCCAAUCCUCAAGCGCCAAAUACUACAGUGCCACAUGUGUUGCUCUACGCUUUGUUGAAGGAUCGGCCGAUCAUCGAUAUUAUUAGCGUGAACAAUAUCAACACGGAGGAUCGCUGUUCACUUUACAACACUUGUAUUACAGCUUGGGAAGCUAAAGCUGACGAUUUUGGUAUGACUAUUAAUUUUCUGCACUUAGACUCGGCGCGCCAUUUCCUCAACAAUUUAACGCUGUAUAGGAAAAAUGCAAAAAUUCUGCUAGAAGAGUCCAGUCAGCGGUUGGAUGAGUUGCUCAGUGAUGCUUUUAGAACCGAGUUCCAUGUUAAAUUUUUGUGGGGUAGUAAAGGCGCCGUCGCUACGCCAGAAGAUCGCCAUUCUAAAUUGGAGAAAGUACUCGCACUGAUGGCGGAUAAAUUUUACAGUGCCGACUGCAAUAAUGCUGAUACCUAAAGGGAGAGAUAUGGGAAUAGAUUUAAAAAAAGUUACAUGCAUUUAUACUUUUAUAUGAAGCAAUUUUCAGUUGCCUAUAUGCACGUGCUCGUAUGUAGGUAUGCAUGAAUGACUAAUUUAAUAACGACUAGAGUACCAGUUUUAUUCGCCACUUGCAAUCGCUUUAUCUCGUUUGUUAAAAUAAU